CAAUAACGUAAUAAUCGCGAACUUGGUCGUUUUCGAAACUAACUGCCAUUAAAAAUUGUCAUCACUCGUUUAGUAGUAAGUUAAUUUAAGUUAAAAAAUGAAAACACCUUACGGAUACUGUGACUUGCGCGUCGAGAGGGUGAACGACGACAUUAUCGAUGCAUACAUCAAACAUGGAUAUGCUUUGAUCGCUGUAAACACUACAGUGAAUUGUUUAUUACUAGGCAAUGGAAGUUCAAACAAAAAAAAAAGAAAAUUUGCAGAAUGUAAUGAUGAAAAUGAUGAAGAAAAAGACUGGGUACCUACACCCAAGCUAAUUAAUGAUAAUAACUCAAAAUUGACCAUUCUGAAUCGAUUAACGAUUCAAAUAACAAAUAUUGGACAACUUCAAAAAAUUAUGAGUUCUCCAAAUUUCAAAUUGUAUAAUAUUCUAGCAGUAGAACCAUUAAAUGAUAAAGUUUUUCAGGACAUAGUCACUUCACCAUCAGUAGAUAUUAUAACUUGUAACAUGAAAACAUCUAUAACUCCAAAAGACUACACAAUCGCAGUUGAAAAAAACAUUUAUUUUGAAAUAUCCUAUUGUCCAAUGUUAUUUGGUUCUAGUACACGUCAAGAUACUUUUACUUUAGCUCAUCUACUUUAUAUUAAAGGAAAAUCGAAAAACUUAAUAAUUACAAGUGGGGCAGCUAAUAAACUAGACAUACGCAAUCCUCAUGACGUAAUGAAUUUAGGUAUUUUACUAGGUCUUUCAAGAAAACAAUCAACCAAAUCAGUCACUCAAGGAUGUUAUUCAAUUAUUUUAAAGAGCUAUGGUCGGAAAUUAGGAAAGUCUGCAAUACAUUUGAAACCUAUGAACAACAGUUCUUAAUAUUAAUUUUUAUUAUAAUUACAAUAAAAAAUAUAUGUAUAAUACAAUUUUGUAAUUUUAAUAAAAAUAUUAAAACCAUUUGUUAUAUGUAUUAUUUGCUUCAUAUUAAAUAUUGAAUGUAUUAUAUUUAUAAUAUUAAUUAAUUAGGUAUAUAUUAUUAUUUACAAUUUAUAAUUUUGAUAAUUUAAUCAACAAAUUAUGUUAUUUUAUGGCUUAAAAAUGGCCAAAUUAUUUAAAAUGUUUUACACAAAUUA